AUGAUACAUCUCCCCGACGAGCUGAUCCUCCACAUCAUCUCUUACCUCGAACCCUCGGAGCUCGUCGCCCUCCAACACGUGUCGCGCCGCUUCCUCAACCUCUCGCGCGACAACAACCUCUGGAAAUCGCUAUGCUUCACCCACUCGGCCGCUGAGCGCCGUCGCCGCCGCCUCGAAAUCACCACCGACAUCGACCCCCGCCUCGCCGAGCUGAUACGCGCCGCCGAUACUCUUGCCAACACCUUCGAUACCUCUGUACACGAUGAGAGCGCACCGAGUGCCGAGUCACAGCAGGAGCGCAAUCAGGAGAAGCGGAGACAGGCCCUGAUUGCGAAUUGGGAUCCUAGCUAUCCUGAUGAGAAGGUGAAUUGGUACCAGGACUUCAUACAACGCCACGCCGAGCAGAAGAUCAGCUGGUUCCAGGACGCUGGGACUGAGGAGAGAGACGAGGGUGCCGUAAGGAGGGAGGCUACCGGUGCAGGUAUCCUAUUCGACGACAAUGGCUUAGCAGACAAGCUCAUCGCUCCCCUCGACGAUGGCAGCAUCAGCAUCUGGGACGCCUCGGCCAGCAGCGACCGACAGGGCAAGAUGAUAGCGAAGAGCGACAUUGGGCUGCUGCCAGGCAGAGGUUCCGAUCUCGACUACGACACGCGCCUCACACAAAGCCAAGCCAUAAUGACAGAGACAGGUGCCGUCGAAUGCGUGAGCAUCGACAGCAAACUCCACAAAGGCUUCUUCGCCGUCAAGAACGCCCUUAACGAAGUCGAUCUCAACACCCUUCAAGUCGUCUCACGGACGCCCUAUCCCUUCCCCAUCACCGCGCUUUCGGAGGCGCACCACCGCACCCCCCUCACAGUCGGCACAAACUGGACGCUGCACCUCCACGACUCGCGAAAGCCUCCCGCACCGCCUUCCUCUGUACGCUGCGAGCUCAUCGGCGGCCCAACAGACAGCGACUUCUCGCGCCUCGAUACCGGUGACUUCGACGGCCAUGUCUCGCUCUCCCAACCCGGUGCGCUGUCCAUACUCCAUUUACCUACAACGCGCGAUUGGGAUGGCAAUGGCGAUAUCUGGGUUGCGGGAAGGUUCACCAGCAUGUUGAACUUUGAUCGGAGGUCUUUCCCGAGACUACGCGGUACUGUGCACUCUGGUGCGAGGCUGUCUUGUAUCACAGCUAUACCGCAUCCUUUCGUACCGCAAGACCUGAGGCUGGGCAGACCGUAUAGCAGUCCAGGGCUAUUGCGUGACGCGAAGUCCACCUCGGGAUACACGUUGAUCGCAGCUGGUGAAUACAAAGGCAAAGGCUCGCUGGAGUUGUACGGCCUAUCCAACGAACUUUCCCGCUCUAUCAACUCGAGCGAUAGCCGUACGACACGGAACCAAAAAGCGUACUACCAGAAUCGACAAACAGCGAGUAGUUCGAAGUUAUUGGCUGUGGCGCCGCAGGGUACACGACUCGUUUUCUCAGAGGGCGAUGGGAAUCUGAAGUGGGUUGAGCGAGACGGCUCGACGCCAGUCCGCCAAUUCAACAUCAACGACUUUCAACGGUCAAAGGACGGCUCCACGAGUGCGAACACGUCGGCUACGACUCAACACCACCACCACAGCAACCUCGUAAACGCAACACCAGACUCGGAAGCAGGAUGGGGCGACAUCGUACAGAAGAUCCUACCCACGACAAACCCCUCCCUCCUCACACCUUACACACCUUCUUCUUCUUCUUCUUCAUCCACAGAAGCCCUCGGUCUAAAUAACCUUGUUCUAUGGACGGGCGAUGGCAAGUUGGGUCUUUUGGGCUUUGGUAAGGAACCGCCGAUGGCGAGGGAUGUUUUUGAAGAUGCACUGGAGAGGCAGGGUGAUGGGCAGGGGGUUGGUAGCGGUGAGGAGGGAGGGGAGAAGAUGAGGGAGAGACAGUAUGGGGUGGAGAUGAGGAGGGCGUUGGAACAUCAGGCUAGGGAGUUGAGGUGGUUGAGGGGGUAUGGACUGUGA